AGCCGGCGCGGAGCUGGGGGAGGGAAGAGGGGAGCCGGCGGAGGAGGGUCAGCCGCGGCGGCAGGGGCGGCGGCGGCAGCGGCGCAGCUCCGUUCCCUGCGCGUCUCCCGUCCCCGCGUCCGGACAGGGCGCGCAGCCCCGCCACCGGGAUGCGGCCGCCUGCCCGCCGCGGCCGCCGCCUGGCGCUCCCGGCACUGCUCUCGCUGCUCACCUGCUCCCUGGCUUUUGCUUUGGUUUCUAAAGAUGUGAAGAAGGAAGUCAAACAGUCUAAGAAUUUGGAGAAAAGUGGUAUAUCAGAGAAAAAUGACAUAGAUUUAAAAGGAAUUGCAUUUGUCAUCCAGAGUCAAAGUAAUUCUUUUCAUGCAAAGAAAGCAGAACAGUUAAAACAAAGCAUCUUAAAGCAAGCUGCAGAUCUUACACAGAUUCCAUCAGAGAGGAAGUCCUGCAGCAACCCUGACAGGCUGGGAUUCCUCCGUGGGCUCUGCCUAGGAGUUGAGGGAAGCUUGCAGGCAGAAUUUGGGGCUCACUCCUCUGGAAUCCCCUUACAUCUCUACCAUCUUGGCAGCUGGCAGCUCCAGCCUCUGUCUCUGCAGGGGCAGCCAGAUCGCACGAGUCCGCAGCGGCCGCUCUCUGUCGAAUGGUUUUUAGGAAAAGCAUUACGUGAUGAAGAAUCCACAAUAAUUCACCAUUACGCCUUUUCCGAAAAUCCUACAGUUUUUAAAUAUCCAGACUUUGCUGCUGGCUGGGCCCUUAGUAUUCCACUGGUAAACAAGCUUACCAAGAGAUUAAAGAGCGAGUCCCUGAAAUCCGACUUUACAAUAGAUUUAAAACAUGAGAUCGCUCUCUACAUCUGGGACAGAGGUGAUGGACCGCCCCUCACUCCUGUGCCUGAGUUUUGUACAGACGGUGUGGACUCUUCCUGUGCCACCACAUUUCAUUCUUUUCUACCGCUUUGUGGAAAUCCAGUGAAGAAGAAGGAUAUUUUUGUUGCAGUAAAGACAUGCAAGAAAUUUCAUGGUGACAGAAUCCCCAUCGUAAAGCAGACUUGGGCGGGGCAGGCAGGUCACAUCGAAUACUACAGCGAUUACGCAGACAGUUCCAUUCCGACGGUGGAUCUGGGAAUUCCUAAUACAGAGAGAGGUCAUUGUGGAAAGACAUUUGCCAUCUUGGAAAGAUUUCUGAAUCACAGCUAUGACAAAAUAGCAUGGUUAGUCAUUGUGGAUGAUGACACAUUAAUAAGCAUCUCCAGGCUCCAGCACCUACUGAGCUGUUACGAUGCCAGUGAACCCGUGUUUCUGGGAGAGCGUUACGGCUACGGCCUGGGCACCGGCGGCUACAGCUACGUCACAGGAGGAGGAGGGAUGGUCUUCAGCAGAGAGGCAAUCAGGAGACUUCUCGCCAGCAAGUGUCGCUGCUACAGCAAUGACGCUCCUGAUGAUAUGGUCCUGGGGAUGUGCUUUAGUGGGUUAGGAAUCCCUGUGACACACAGCCCUCUCUUCCAUCAGGCUCGGCCUGUGGAUUACCCUAAGGACUACCUAUCUCACCAAGUUCCCAUAUCGUUCCACAAGCACUGGAACAUCGAUCCCGUGAAGGUCUAUUUCACAUGGUUGGCACCCAGUGAGGAAGACAGAGCCAGGCAGGAGACACGAAAAGGCUUUAAAGAAGAGUUAUAAAGCAUGGCGGCCUGUGGGCACAGGUAGGACACAGAAGCAGAGACUGGCAUUGUCCUGCUGUGCUGGAUCACACUGCUUACGUGCGACAUGCAGCAUCGGAAGCUUCCUGACUAAAUUUAGGUGGACGUUAUUAUAUGGUAAUUUUUGAGUUGAGGGUGGGGAAGGAGUCAUAGGGAAAACAGAUUUUUGUUUUCUGGGAAAGAUCACUUGCUUUAGCAUUAUGCAGUUAUUGUAAUACACAAUGAUUACUGUGUAUUUUUCAAGCUGUGAAACAGCAGCUUUAUUUCUGUCAUAGAAAAAUAAAUGGUACCAGAAUUUU